AUGGCCAAAGAAAAGGCGAAGGACAAGAAGGAUGGAGAGCUGAUGAUCCCGCUGGAGCAGUUCCGGAGGACGCGCGAGGUCAUGCUCGCAACCCUCAAUGACCUCCAGGGCAACCUCCAACAAGUGCAAUCCGGUCUCCAAAACAUGAUCACUGUGUACCUCAGGCACUCCGCGUCUGUCCUAGACGGCAACUCCGGUGCCCUCGAGGAUCUCAUGCUUGAGGGUCCAAUUGGAGCCACUGGCGAGGCCUCCGCACCAGAGAAGAAACGCGGCAGGCCCAAGAAGGACAAGAAGGAUAAGGACCCUAACGCGCCGAAGCGUCCACUCACGGCCGCGUUCCUGUAUUCUCAACAGGCGCGCGCCAUUGUGAGGCAAGAUUUGGAGAAGCAGCUGAACCCGGGCGAUAAGCUGGAGGGAAACGCAGUCAAUCAUGAGUUGAAUCGGCGUUGGGCCGAGAUGCCCGAGGACGAGAAGGAGCUCUGGAGAGACUCCUAUCGCGACAGCAUGAAAGUCUACAAUGCCGAAGUGGCCGAGUACAACAAGAAGAAAGGUAUCCAGCAUAGUGUACCUGCGUUGGAAGGCGAGAUUGACGAUGCAGACGCGGGCGCCAUCCCCUCCGACAUGGAGGCCUCUUCCUCUGAUGAUAGCGACGAGGACUCUCCUAACCGUCCGAAGGCGCCUACUCCCCCAUUCGUAACACCGAAGCCCAACAAGCGCCAGAAGGCUGCAAAGACUAACGGAGUGGCGCCGACGCCUAUUCUGCCAGCCUCCACUACGACUAUGCGUAGCACGGUGCCAAUACCAAUUCCGCAUCGCGCUACCUCUGUUAAACCCCCGGGAACCGCCAGCCCAGCAGUCGAGAACGGAAAAGUCAAGUCUAAGAAGAUCAAGGAGAAGGAGCCAAGCCCAGAGGAGUCUAAGAAGAAAAGGGCGCGACGCAAUGUUGCUGACGAGGACGAGGGCACUGUAGCCCAGGAGCCGCCCAAGAAGAAAAGAGAUCAUCGAAAGAAGAAGGAUGCGACUGCUUAA